UCGGGGAGUGGUCUGACCGAGGGCGGCUGCCGGUGAGCGCAGGGGCAGGGGGCGGGGGAGACAUGGCUCGGCGCGGCUGGCGGCAGGCGCCCCUCCACCGCGGUGUCGGCGUCGGGCCCCGAGCCCGGCCGCUCAUGCGGCCGCUCUGCUUGCUCCUCGCAGUGGGCGUCUUUGGUUGGGCCGGGGCUUCGGACGGCGCCGGCGAAGCAGCGAGAGCCAUGGACGAGGAGAUCGUGUCCGAGAAGCAGGCGGAGGAGAGCCACCGGCAGGACAGCGCCAACCUGCUCAUCUUCAUCCUGCUGCUCACCCUCACCAUUCUCACGAUCUGGCUCUUCAAGCACCGGCGGGCCCGCUUCCUGCAUGAGACCGGCCUGGCUAUGAUUUAUGGUCUCCUGGUGGGCCUUGUGCUUCGGUAUGGCAUUCAUGUUCCAAGUGAUGUGAAUAAUGUGACCCUGAGCUGCGAAGUGCAGUCAAGUCCAACUACCCUGUUGGUAAACGUUAGUGGAAAAUUUUAUGAGUAUACUCUGAAAGGAGAGAUUAGUUCACAUGAACUCAAUAAUGUCCAAGAUAACGAAAUGCUUAGAAAGGUUACUUUUGAUCCAGAAGUAUUUUUCAACAUAUUACUUCCUCCUAUUAUAUUUUAUGCAGGAUAUAGUCUCAAAAGGAGACAUUUCUUCCGGAACCUCGGAUCUAUCCUAGCAUAUGCUUUUCUUGGAACAGCAAUUUCUUGUUUUGUUAUUGGGUCGAUAAUGUACGGCUGUGUAAUGCUGAUGAAAGUAACUGGACAACUCGCGGGAGAUUUUUACUUUACAGAUUGCCUGCUAUUUGGUGCCAUCGUAUCAGCGACAGACCCAGUGACUGUUCUUGCCAUAUUCCAUGAGCUUCAAGUUGACGUUGAACUCUAUGCUCUUCUGUUUGGUGAAAGUGUCCUCAAUGAUGCCGUUGCCAUAGUGCUGUCCUCCUCAAUAGUAGCAUAUCAGCCUGCUGGAGACAACAGUCAUACUUUCGAUGUUACAGCCAUGUUCAAGUCUAUUGGGAUCUUCCUUGGGAUCUUCAGUGGAUCUUUUGCAAUGGGUGCUGCUACUGGAGUGGUGACAGCUUUGGUCACAAAGUUCACCAAGUUGCGGGAGUUCCAGUUGUUGGAGACCGGCUUGUUUUUCCUGAUGUCCUGGAGCACCUUCCUUUUGGCUGAAGCAUGGGGCUUCACAGGUGUGGUUGCAGUACUGUUUUGUGGCAUAACACAAGCACAUUAUACAUACAAUAAUUUAUCCACAGAGUCUCAGCAUAGAACUAAACAGCUGUUUGAGCUUCUCAAUUUCUUGGCAGAGAAUUUCAUCUUCUCCUACAUGGGGCUUACCCUCUUCACCUUUCAGAACCAUGUCUUUAAUCCAACAUUUGUAUUAGGAGCAUUUAUCGCUAUUUUCUUGGGAAGAGCUGCCAAUAUUUACCCCUUAUCUCUCUUGCUUAAUUUGGGUAGAAGAAGUAAGAUUGGAUCAAAUUUUCAACAUAUGAUGAUGUUUGCUGGUCUUCGUGGUGCAAUGGCAUUUGCAUUGGCCAUUAGAGAUACUGCCACUUAUGCACGACAAAUGAUGUUCAGCACCACACUUCUGAUUGUGUUUUUUACCGUGUGGGUGUUUGGUGGGGGUACCACUGCCAUGCUGUCAUGCUUGCAUAUAAGGGUUGGUGUUGAUUCAGACCAAGAACAUUUGGGUGUUCCUGAAAAUGAAAGGAGAACUACUAAAGCAGAGAGUGCUUGGCUCUUCCGAAUAUGGUACAACUUUGAUCACAACUACCUGAAGCCUCUACUGACGCACAGCGGGCCUCCCCUCACUACCACGCUCCCAGCCUGCUGUGGGCCCAUCGCCAGGUGCCUGACCAGCCCCCAGGCCUACGAAAACCAGGAGCAAUUGAAAGACGAUGACUCCGAUCUUAUUCUGAAUGACGGUGAUAUUAGUUUGACGUAUGGGGAUUCUACUGUGAACACCGAGUCAGCACCAUCUAGUGCCCCAAGGAGGUUCAUGGGCAACAGCUCUGAAGACGCCUUGGAUCGGGAGCUUGCUUUUGGAGACCAUGAACUGGUCAUCCGAGGGACGCGCCUGGUUCUUCCUAUGGAUGAUUCUGAACCCGCACUAAAUUCUUUAGAUGAUACGAGACACAGCCCAGCCUAAGCUUAUUAAUACUUAGUGAUUUGUAUAAUUUGCACAUGUGAUUGUGAAGAAAUUUGUACUACCUAAACUGUCCUAGUGCAUGUCUCUGAAUGUGUAAGCUAUAUAAAUGCUAUUUAUAUGGCAUAGAAAGAAUAUAAAUAUCCUGUACAAGGCAGAUGGUGAGCAAACUAUUCCUUUAAGUUUUGAUGGCUGCACUACAUAGGCUGGAUGUGUUAUAGAAAGUUACUUUCACAGUGAUGUUGUGUGUUCUGUUAGCUUUAUGUCUCAGUGAAAGUAUAAAAAGUGACAGAUGUUCUCUUUCUUAUAUUUACCUGACACUUAUCCAGAGUACCAAGUUCUUGUGAUGUGAAUUAAUUUGUGUGUGUGCGCGUGCGUGCAUGUGUGUGCAUGUGCGUGCAUAUGUGCGUGCUUGCGUGUGUGUGUGUGUGUGUGUGUGUGUGUGUGUGUGUGUGGUGAGGGAGGGAGAGGGACGAGGGAGUGUUAUUUCCUAGGGAACCCAGGGAGGAGAGGUUCCUUUCUGGUAAACUUCUGUUGAUUGCUGCUGCCUUUGUCAUGACCUUUUUCUUUCCCUUUUCUCUGGGGGCCCGCUGUGGUGCAAGUAACUGACAGCAUUUUGACCCUCCCCUUUGAGGUUGGGGAGUGAAGUGUGGGGGCCUUUACCCCCCCUUGCUAUGAAAGCACAGACUCACUGAUCACCAUACACUGCUGUUCUGAAAGCAGGCUGCAGAUGACCUCCAAGACCUCAGUGUUUUGCUUUCCAGGCCAAGACUGUAGGAGUCGCAUCCAGCUAGCUGGCUUUGCCAAAGUACAGGUGUAUAUAGUUCAGGGCACUUGAUUCUCAUUCAGAGGGGCUUGGGCAGGUGAGAGGGGCAGAGGGCAAGAACGAAGCGAAGAGGAUAGUGAUGUCGGCGGUCUCUCUUCCCAAAUAUGUAAAUAUAUCAGAUAAGUUUAAAUAAGAAAUCUAAUUGCUGCUUAAUUUUUGAUCAUGUACUUUAUCUGUAUAGCAAGCUUUGUUGUCAGAAGUUUUUAUAACGAUUUAAAUCGCUGCUCUUCAGCAGACAAACAGGAGCAAAAUGUAAAAUUUUUACACUUACUGUGUCAUGUUGUCAUUUGUUAGUUUGUAGUAGAUGUGAAAAGUUAAUUUAUGAAUCCACGAUCACACCAUACUACACCAAAGGCGGUCAUAAGAGCGAUACGCUCUGGAGCAUUUAUGGUAAGGUGGCGCCUUUGUGUGCACUGGGUAUAGUUGUUUGUUUUGUCAUGUUAUUUUUAAUAUUAGAUACCUAAGCUGCCAUGUGAGUUUUUAUUUUCACACUUUUCAAGGAAGAGCACAGAAGAAUUUGCCAUUUCAUAUUCAUAGUAUGCAAGUGGAUUCUAUUUUGUAAUGCUCAAAAUACCUAACGGUGCAUUGAACACUUGGAAGGGAAAUACUUUCUGUUGUUGAUUCUGCUAAUGAUGCAGAAGAACGGAGUACAACCUUAUCAGUUUUUCCCCCUCAGGUCUGAGUAGCAUUGCCUUAAAUCUCACCCAAUUAGAAAAUCACUUUAUUUAAUGUGAUGUCCAAAUUUUCCACCAAAAAAUCCUUCCAAACAAAGCAUACUUGUUCCUCAGAAGGGUUCUGUGCUCUCGCAAACACUCCUUGAAAUUUUAAGGGAACUUUCCUGUUGUACCCGUUAGUGGCAGCCUUGACUGUUGGCAUAGCCAUUUGUUAUGUAGUGGUAGCAACUUUCCUGCCAUGCAGGACUCCCUCCUGUGAAGUGUACGUUUUAUAUGAUGUGUGCCUCUUCAUGCGGUAAUUUCUUGUUAAUGUGUGUUUGACGGGCUUUGAUGUCAGCGUUUAUUUACCCACAGAGUUAUCCAAGUUGUAAAAGGUUAUACAAUAAUUUAACAACUACCUUUUUUAUUCUGUCAGGUUACUGAGCUCACUUUAUGAAAAUGGCUGUAAAUACUUAGCAUGACAAAUUCUAUCUCGUCUGUUUCAGCAUGCGUUAGGAAAACUGAUAAAGCUUGAGUCCUCUAAAUCUGCCUUCGGUACUUUUAUCAGAGGGGAACCAAGCCUGCCGUGCUCAUAUCAGCAUCUGGAAGAGUCUCUUCUCCUCAAAUCAAUGUACACAUCUCCAUGCAAAGAAGGGAAAACCAUCUCUGCUCAGACACCUAUCGGAUUGAGACACCUGAGUGAACUUUGAUGAAGUACACCCUGCUCUUGGACCUGUUUUCUGUUGAUUGCGGAUCUUACAUGUUUGAUUGACUUGAAUGUUGCAUCUUUUGAGGUUGUUUUUUAAGGUCUCUUGGCAUUUAUCCUAGUUGUCUGUGUUUGGCAAUGUGCUGUUGAACUAAUAGACUUUUAACCUUUAUGUAUUUUUUGUUUUCUCUUGGAGUACUUGGACAGAUGUUAUAGUGGUUUCUUUUAGGAAAAGCUGUCAUUAAAAUUAUAGCCUUGCAAAUAACCACUCACCAUAUUGAGUCACAGCUUACUCUAGACAGACA